AUGAUGUCCUCCUCCACGCCGUUGCCGCUCAAACAAACGCUCGACUCACUGCCGCCUCUCAAGGCGUCUCUGGAGGAAACGCGUUCACAGACACGUGCCCAGCUUCAAUCAAACCCACAUGUACCAAUCCUAGUGGCGCUCGACGACGACCCCACAGGUACUCAAACAUGCCACGACAUCCCAGUAUUGACCACCUGGAGUAUCGAAGUUCUCGCAGAAGAGCUGGCUAAUACUAGAGCGGGAUCGGGCUUCUUCAUUCUGACAAACUCGCGUGCACUGCAUCCACCCGAUGCCAGAGAGCUGAUGAUCGAAAUAUGCACCAAUCUCAAGGCUGCAUCAGCAAAGGUGAAGAAGCCGUUCGAGAUCGUACUGCGUGGUGACUCCACGCUCCGAGGACACUUUCCACUGGAACCGGAAGCAGCUGAGGAGGUUCUUGGACAGACCGAUGCCUGGAUAUUGGCGCCCUUCUUUCUGCAAGGAGGACGGUACACGAUUGAAAAUAUACACUACGUUGCCGAAGGAGAUACGUUAGUCCCGGCUGGUCACACUCCAUUUGCACAAGAUGCUACCUUCGGGUACAAGUCUAGUGAUCUACGCGACUGGGUUGUCGAGAAGUCAAAAGGGACAAUUGCACGGGAGCGUGUGCAGGGACUCAGUCUCACCGAUGCCAGAUCUGGUGGUGCAGACGCUAUCGCUGCAAGAUUGCUAGAAGGGGCCAGAGGCGCCAUAUUUAUUGUCAAUGCAGCGGCAGAGGAAGAUAUGGACGUCAUUGUGCAAGGUAUCCUUAAAGCUUCGGCACAGGGAAAGAAGUUUUUGUUUCGCUCCGGUGCAGCAUUCGUCUCUGCGCGACUCGGCAUCGCUCCAAUCCCGCCAAUCUCUGCUAAACAGCUGAACCUCGAUGGAACCAAAGGCGGUCUGAUCAUCGCAGGAUCUUAUGUACCAAAGACUACAGCGCAACUCAAGGCCCUUCGUGAACGCUCAGGCGACAAGCUGACAACCGUGGAAUUGGACGUGAAUAGGCUCCUGGAAUCACCGGAAAGUCGCGAGGAAGAGCUACAGGCAGCGCUUUCCACCGCGGAACGCGAACUCGAGAAGCCGCAAGAUGUACUCGUUAUGACGAGCAGAAGGUUGAUCACAGGACCAGACGAGCGUUCGUCACUUGACAUUGGGUCCACGGUCGCAGCAGUCCUGGUCGACUUCUUGAUAAAACUAAGAGCUACUCCUAAGUACGUCAUAAGCAAGGGUGGUAUCACCAGUUCAGAUAUUGCAGUGAAGGGAUUGCGCAUGAAGAAGGCGACGAUUGUUGGUCAAGCUGCCGCUGGCGUACCUCUUUGGCGGUGCGAUGAACCCACUUCGAAACAUCCAGGUCUACCCUACGUUGUGUUUCCUGGUAACGUGGGUGGAGAAGAAACCCUUGCUGAGGUCGUGGAGAGGUGGAGAGUAUGA